GAAGAAGAAGAAGAAUAAGCAGCAGAAGAAGAUUAUCACGGCGCCAUUUCAGAAGUCAUUCAUUGGCGGCCGAAUUCAUAGUUCAGGUAGGCGACAUUUCAAUCAGUGGUGAAUUUUAUUUAAGAAGUUGCUAGAGUUUGCUCUCCUGUACGAUAUUAUCAUGAUGUGGUGUGUUUGUUAUACCAAAAGUAGGAACUAGUUAGCUACGCUAGCCUAGCAUCAUACCGUGCAAACGUUUCUUCCUACAACUACUGUAGUAGCUGCAGUAGCAUACUAGCUAACGCAAACGGCCACCAAGCUAAUUUAGCUAGCUAGCUGGUUAGGUUAUCAACACCAUUUGAAUUUCAGUUGGAGGUUUCCGACUGUCGGCCAAUGUAAGCCAGGUUGCUAUCACAUGAUGUAACUAAACAAGCUAUAGCUAGCUAUUUUGGUUAUAGUUAGCUAACUAAGUUGGUGCAUAGCUAGUUAACUAACGUUAGCUGGCUAAAGUGAGGUAAAUUCAACUUUAGACGCGACCUUUGGAUUCUAGAUAGCUGCUAGAUGAGUAUAUGCAAUACCGUGUCAUCUUGAUAGCUAGCCAUGAAUGAUUAAAUGGGAAGUCAUCAAUGCGAAACAACUGUUUGCUAGUUGGCCUGGUCAGCUAGCUGCGGAAGUAACGUUAACGUUAGCUAACUAGAUAACACUAGCUAGCUUGCUGAUGUUACGUCAGAUAGCUUGCUAACAUUUACAUUUACAUUUUUGUCAUUUAGCAGACGCUCUUAUCCAGAGCGACUUACAUGAGCGACUUAGUGCAUGCAUUAUAUAUUUUUUUCCCCCUGUGGGAAUCGAACCCACAACCCUGGCAUUGCAAACGCCAUGCUCUACCAACUGAGCUACAUCCCCUGCCGGCCAUUCCCUCCCCUACCCUGGACGACGCUGGGCCAAUUGUGCGCCGCCCCAUGGGUCUCCCGGUCGCGGCCGGCUACGACAGAGCCUGGAUUCGAACCAGGAUCUCUAGUGGCACAGCUAGCACUGCGAUGCAGUGCCUUAGACCACUGCGCCACUCGGGAGAAUAUUUGCUAACAUGUUAUUAUCUUGAUAUGUAUUAAAGUACGCUUAUAAUUAUAUGACAUUAAUUAUGAAAGUUGGCAGUCAUGCAAAGCUAAGUUUACACGUGGUUCUUUUUUUCAUGCUUCAAAUAUUUGAAAUAUACUUGGUAAACUUAGUAAACAAAAACAAAUUGCUUGUGUCUCCCCUUCCAGGAAUAACAACGUUCUGAUUUGAAGAUGGUGAAAAUCUUCAUUGGCAAUCUCGCCUCCGGCACCACGCAGGACGAGCUACGCACUCUAUUCUCUGAGUAUGGAAAGAUCUCUGAGUGUGACAUCGUCAAGAACUUUGGCUUUGUGCACAUGAAGGACAAAGCCGAAGCGGAGGAGGCCAUCAAGAACCUCCACCACUAUGAGCUAAACGGGGCGCAGAUGAACGUGGAGAUGAGCCGCGGCAGACCAAAGUCCACCACCAAGCUGCACGUCAGUAACAUCCCAGAGGGUUGCACCAACGAGGAGCUGAAGACCAAGUUUGAGGCAUACGGCCCCGUGGUGGAGGCUGACAUAGUGAAGGACUACGCCUUUGUCCACAUGGAGUCUGUGGAUGAUGCCAUGGAGGCAAUCAGUGGGCUGGACAACACAGCCUUCCAAGGUGAACCCGCAGGCAGGGGAGAGCAGAUAGUCUGUGCUCUCCGUAGUUACAGAAUACACUUCCCUUUAGAUGGCAUAAAGAUCGUAACGUGAUGCCGAAUAGCAUUUUGUUGUAAUUCUGAGGUCAAUGAAUAAGUAACGGCACUAAGGUUGUGAGUCUUUUCCGUGGUUCUUUUAUUCGGUUUCAGCGUAACAGUGCAGGUGAACCAAUUUAUAAUAAAUAAGUAUUUGCAAUAAGGAAAUAACUAGUCGUUAAGAAGCAGUGGCGAGCGUGUCAGAAGCCAACCGUCUCAUGCGUCUCUUCUCUCUCCUCAAAAGGCAAGCUGAUGAGCGUACAACUGUCCACCAGUCGCCUGCGCACGGUCCCGGGAAUGGGAGCUCAAACCGGCUGCUAUGUCUGCGGGAAACAGGGUCACUGGUCGAAAGACUGCCCGAACGGCGGUCAGAACGGCGGUAGCUACGGUGACCGUGGUGAACGCCCCGGGGGUGGCCCAAUGAGGGGCCGAGGCAGGGGCUUCCCACGGGGUUUCAGCAGGGGCGGCGGCGGAUACCCUAGUGGCUACGGGAUGCCCCCCAGAGCUGCGGCAUCCGAUUACAUGGGCGGGCUAGGGUAUAGCAGAGCGUCCAGUUACCUGGGGGGACCUCCCCCUCUGAGCCGUAGGCCUAGCUAUGGCUCUGCUCGGGAGUACAGCACAGAUGCCAGGGAUCGGUACAGCGGCAGGCUACCGAGCUCCUAUCCCGAGAGGGCAUCGGCCUACGAGCGAGACCACUACAGCAGCAGUGUUGACUAUUACGAGAAGUACAGAGCACGGCCAUAUGGCUCAAGCUAUUUUGAAGAGCGCCGCCUCGGCUAUAUCCCACCUCCCCCUCCCCCCUCUUCCUCCCUCUCAAGGCUCUCCUCUAGUAUCGACCCAUACGAGCGCCGCCCGCUACCACCAACCUCGGCGGCCGCCUCGUACUACUUGCGAGACCGCAGCCCGAUCAGACGAGUGCCCGUCGCCUCUGACAGCUAUGGUUACGAGCGCUCGCGGCUGUCCCCGGUGUCCUCCAGAAGCUCUUCGUACGCCGUCCCGCGGGCCAGGGACCCCUACACCGAUCGGGCACGCUAUGCUUACUGAGCUACACACUGCCAAGGUGAGCCAACCAACUAGGAAUACUGGCCCAUUCCUGUGGUGUGUGGGUGAGUGUGUUCUGGAAUGGUUCGUUCUAUUGAUUGUAAAACAGGUACUUGAUGAUGAUGUUACGGUGGGGACUGGGAUACUGUAGACUCGUGUUCAUCUUUAUAUUUCUUCAAUGAAGAACAAGAACUAAGACCCCCACACACACACACAGUGCUUUAUAAACCGUGAGACACCAUCCCAUUUCUCAAAGCGAAUGCUCUGCUCUUUUUCUAGGUGUGUAUGAAACGCCGGAAUUUUCCUUUGCUACCAUUCCUCCUCCCAGCUGCAUGGUUCCAUCGAGCUGUGCCACGUGCCGCAAACAAACCUUUCGCGACUCGGAAUGUGAUGGCGCGAGAGUGACUCGGACGGAAAUUGGUGUGCAUCUUCCUGGCACCGGUGUGCCAGCCGCCGGCAGACGAAUAAUCCUCUCAACUAACCAAUCAGUCCACACAACUUCACAUUCUUCCUUUAUUUUAGUUGUCAGUUACAAAGACUGUUUGCUAUCUGAAACAACCAGAGUGGCAUUUCUACAGUUUGCUGUUAAUACUAGCUUAACUAUACCGGCUUUCAAAUCGCUUUGUUCAUUUGUGUGGGUCACGGUUUUGAUUUUAAAUGUGUUUUCCCUCCUCCCCUUGUGAUAAUAUCGUCAAAGCAAAUUGGCCGCUGAAUUUGCCACAUUUUUAUUUGCGGUUUGAGGUGACUGUAGUUUCGAGAAAUAUUUCUCCUUUUUGAGAAAUCUUGUUUUCAUUUCAUUGGUUUGUUCAACUAUUCAUUUAAAACUUGUAAUCUCAUUCAUGCCAUGUAUAGCUCAGUAGUCAUUCAACCACUUUUUUUCUCUUAAUUUUUUGCCCCUGGGAAAACAAAUGUAAGAAUAGACGGGUAUGAAUAUCCCCCAGAACGAUCUUUGUGAAAUUCAUGCACUGGAUUUUAGAAUGAUAACUUUAAUAUGUACAUUUUGUUUGAGGACGUUCUACUUAGGUUAGAGGAAAUUCCGUUGUGUCAUACUGCUUUUGCUCUCUGAGUUAAUAUCAUCGAGAUAGAGGACUCAUCUGUGCCGUUAUAGCGUUUGUGACUGCAUGGGCAGCGCCGUUGAGACCUCCAUUUUGAGGUAGUCAUUUUUCUUCUUCACAAUUGGCAGAUCCCUUCUGAUUACCCGGUUGGACACAA